AUGUCCGAGAAAGCUGAAGUCAUGGAGACUACCACUGUCGCCUCACCGAACCAAUCCUUUGGGUCACGAGUCGGCGCUCAUUUCAAAAAGUGGUGGUGGGCAUACCUGAUCGCGCUCAUCAUUGUUGUGCUUGUGGUGGUUCUGCCAGUCGUCUAUGUCGGCUACCCCAAGAUCGCUCAGAACGCUAUCAAUGACUCAACUCUCACUAUCAGCAGCAUGGUUCUCAGCGACCCCAAGCCCGAGUCAUUUGUCCUUAACCAGACCCAAGUCAUCGGCAGCCACAGCUCCUAUCACCCUAAAAUCUUUGCAUUCAACGCCGCUGUCUCCUUGCUGGGAGCUGCCACUUUUGCCACCGUCAAUGUUCCCGAAGUCAAGUCCAAGAAUGGCGCUGUUGUCGAUAUCUCUCAGACUCUCGAUCUGAGUGAUGCUGAUGCUUUUGCUGACUUCUGCACCACGGCCAUGGUCAGCGAAGAUCUCUCGUUGAAUAUCUAUGGCAAGCCCAAGUUGCAGCAGGGAUCCUUGCCCAAGGUCACCGUCACUUACAAUAAGACUGUUGAGAUGAAAGGCCUCAACAAGCUGAAGGGCUUCGAUAUUACCGAGUUCCACAUCUUGACUACCACUGUCAAUGGACGCAACAUGAACGGCACCGUCCUCAUUCCUAACGCGUCCGUGAUGACAUUGCCCAUGGGAAAUACCACCUUCGACCUUGUAGUACUCGGCACAGUCUUGGGUAAAUGCUACCUUGACGACCUCACCGUCAAGCCUGGAAACAACUCUGUUCCAAUGACUGCCACCGUGAACGAGACUGCCAUUGUUGAGCUACUCACUUCGUCCAGCAACCCCUUCACCGAUGGUGUUGUGCCGUUUACUAUUGUCGGCGAGUCUAGUGUGUACAACGGAAAGGAGCUGCCCUACUUCACCGACGCCUUGAAGGCCAAUAACCUGACCGUUUCACUGAACGUCACCAAGGCUCUUGCCGAGAUUGGUCUUACUCUAUAA